AUGCACAUGCUGCGCCACACAGAGCGCAUGCACAAAGGCAUGGAUUUGAGCGCGAUCAAACGCGAAAUGAACGCUGAAGAUGACGGGCCCAAUUACGAAACGCCCGAGGGUGUUAAGGAUUUGUCUUUGAAGCGUUCCGAUAACAUGUCGAUUUAUUGCAGCAUAUGUGGAGCAGUUUUUAAGCAUGUUGCUUCCUUGAAGUACCAUUUGACGAACAAUGUUUGUACCAAACCAAAAAAAGAUGAAGAACAAAAGCAACUAAAAUGUCCAGUUUGCGGGAAAACGUUCAAAGGUGUCACUGCUAUGCAAUACCAUGUAAGACGUAGGGUGUGCGAACAAGUUAAACCCGCUGUUGGUCCUCCAUGGGCAUGUUCACUUUGCGGAACUCUAUUUAAUUUAAAACAAAGUUGGUACGUACACAUGCGCAGAGAAGCUUGCAAAAAGUACCCCCAGAAGUACGGUUUGAAUAACUCCAAGACUCUUAUUCCUAAAAUUGAAUUAACUGAGGGAACUGAUAAUUUAAAUGAACAAAUAAAUGAGGAUUCCGAAAUUAUACCCACUGAAGACGAAUGUGCCUAUUUGCAAUUAAAUGGAUUGUUUGUCUGCACUAAGUGCGGCAGAAGUUUUGCAAAAGUAACUAACCUAUACAGACACUACAACAUAUGCAAUCCUGAUGACUUAUCUUUACCACCAGGUCUUAAAAAAAAGAAUUUUCAAUGUCCAGAAUGUUCAAAUUCAUUCACAAGAUUGGACAACCUGCAGAGGCACAUGAGGUUAAUUUGCGGGAAGAGUUCAAGGCCGUUCAAGUGCUCAGUAUGCAGCAAAACCUUUAAACUGAAGCACCAUCUGAAGAACCACGUUAUCGGAGUACAUUUGAAAGGAGGUCCUAAUAUUAUUUUACCCGAUGAAGGCCAAUUGGAAGUAAUGGAAAAUUUAGAGUUUGGACAUGAAUUUCCCAGCUUCCCAUUGGCUAAUUACUAUUUGAAAGAGGAAGACUGGUACGUUUGCAAGCAGUGCAACAAGAGAUACAAACACAGGACUUCGGUAUGGCGGCAUAUUAAGUGGGAGUGUAACAAAAAACCCCAGUUUGCUUGUCAUAUUUGUGGCAAGAGAGUGACUCAAAAGACGAGCUUAAAGGCGCAUGUGGAGAAUCUGAGUUCUUUCUGGUGGACAACUUCUAUGUAUGCGCAGGGUGUCACGCCAGAUUUCGAUAUCAAAGGUCAUUUGCUCAACAUGCGAAGAAUGAAUGUGGAAAAGCCCCGAAGUUUAUAUGUCAUGUAUGCCACCAGAGUUUCUGGUGACCAAUUCAUAUGCGGAUUCUGUGGAAAAAUCUACAAGUAUAAAUACACCUUAAAACGUCAUAUGGAAAACGAAUGCUCCGGUGAAAAACCUUUUGCUUGUGACUUAUGUGGAGCGAAGUUUACUCAGUAUCCAAGUAUAAAAAGGCAUAAGAUAGCGAUGCAUAAUUUUAUAGGAUUUGAGCAGAUUUAA